GCCUAUCUUGAGAAAACUAACCGGGACCUAUCAUAAUAUUAAAAGCACUGGUUUUAAAAUAGUUUUUGCGAGGAAAACAGAAUUUUUCCGGUCAUUACUCUACGUUUGCUAUUUCCCAAAGGUUGUUCACGCCGUUGAAAGUUGUCCAUUUGUAUUGUGUGUGGCAAACCGACGUCAAAUGACACGUUUAGACCGGUUAAAGCGGUAAUUCCUGUAAAGGGUCUUAUCUCGAGUUUUGUGAAAAAAGCUCAAUAUAGAUAUUUAAUAAAAAUUUCAGACGCGUCUUGAAGAUUUCUGUUGGCAAAGCGCGUUAAGACGCGUCUGAACGCAUCUUACAAUGGCGCGUUUAGACGCGUCUGGCAGAUUUCUGUUGGCAGAGCGCGUUUUUUUAAAUAAAAAGUGCCGGAUGCGUCUGAACGCGUUUCUUCCAAAAGAAACGCGUCAAAAUGCGUCUUUUCAGACGCAUUGAAUUUACAUGGGAAGACACAUUGACGGGCAAUUGCCCGUCCUGGAAAAAACUAUCAAGCCCAAUAAGUAGUUAUUGCCCUCUGAAGAAUUAUAUUUCGAAUUAUACUUUUUUUUUUGAGUUUUUUUCUAUACUUUGUGCAUACGCUACUCUAAAACAUUUAUUGCCCCUCCUAAAAACUUUUUCCCGGCUCGCCCAUAGGAAGACCAACUUGAAUAUUGUUUCGAAAUAAAAUUUAGUGGAAAUAUAAUAACUAUUUACGGAGGAAUCUUCGCAAGUGCCGGACGCCUUUCAAACUGAUAUUUUGCUCACAAGUAGACCUUGAGAAAGUAUGAGAAACGCGAAAAGGAUUUGUCCCCACAGACGUUCUUUUUGAAUUAUGAUCGUUUUUCUGUUUUUUCUAACCUGUGGCAAUGUGUUUUUAGAAAAUCCAAUGAAUGUCUUUCGAUUUGAAAUUUUGUCAAUAGAUAGGUCUAAAUGACCGAAAACGAUCAAAAUUCAGAAAGAUAGGUCUGUAGGGACAAAUCCUUUUCGGGUUUCUCAGUCAAUAUCAAGCAAAUUUGUUUCUCUAGACUUUUUUGUAACGAUUAUCGUUUUCUCUUAACAGACUUAUUUUUUGUCCUCAAUGCAAGAAAAGUCAAUUUCAAAGUAGAAAUUUGAUCCAAGUCAGAGAUAAUAGCUGCCAGAAAAGCAUCUUUAUAGUCUCGCCUAUUUUACUUUGAAAAAUUCACUUUAUGAAAGAAAAUCUUUGCACAGAGCACUCGACAAGAAGCAAUGAUGUUUUGGCCACUUCCUCAACAUUAUUUGUCGCACAGCGGUUGUCGAACGGAGCAUUUUUUAUUCUUCUCUUUCAGACAAACUACACCGUCAAUAUUAUUUCUGCGUUGGUUACUUUCACUUGAUGUUGGAUUAUUUUUUACGAACGAUGCCUCUUAAUGUGCACAAUAACAGAAAGAAAAAGAGUAAAAAGGUAAACUGAAUUGAUUAUCGUCACAUCUUAUUGAUAGAAGGCGAAGGUAAAAUGUUGUUUUAUUCACUACAACCAAGACAGUAUUGAUACAACGACAGCGAGGAACAGAGGAGGCAGAAGAACAGAUAUCACUGUUUCACUAUUAAAACAAAGAUAAGUUGGCGAUAGAAACUCGGCAGAGUUUUUGACCAGUAACAUGCUGCUUUGCCAAAUCUUUUUAAUUUCUAGAAACCGAGAUGGUAGAACCGAACGAGCACAUAUCACUAUAUGUUGUGUGUAGAUUAGCCCGUUUUGUGACAGAUCUCGUGUUAGACAGCUUUCGGUCAUGCUCGUCUUGUCGGACGCCAGAAUCACAAGAUCCAGUAAACUGUCUGAUAACUCAUCGUCGACAGCUCCGACAUAUACUCUUAUUGUUGGCUGACUCUUUUAUUUAUCCUUCUCAAUUGAUGUUUUUUUUAAAAUGCAUAGCUCUGAUUAUUGGGAUCAUGACUUUGUCUAUUUGUCUCUUAGGAAUGGACCAGCAAUCAAACAAUCAUCCUGCAUGCCGAUUUCGAGCAGGUCAGAUAUAAAGAUCCAUAUUGAUACGAUUGAGAGCUUAUUGAUCCAUCUCGGAAAACUUUUCAUUGACGCAUUUGAGAUAAUCAAUCUAUUGCAAAGGAAUGUGUAUUUUUAGACAAGCCAUGGCUUAAUCGUCAGUAUCGGAACAGGUUGAUCGUGAAGCCCGACGAACUCGAGAAAAAUAUGCAAGGUCCUACCGACGAAAUCAAUAGUGAUCUACUUGAUCGUAUCCAAGGUUCAAUGACAGGAAUGGCUUUGGGUGAUGCUCUCGGUGCUUUUGUGGAAUUUCGACCUCGUCAAUUUUUAGUCGAUAAUCCAGUGAAGAAUCUGCAGGGAGGAGGAACCUGGGGUCUCCAAAAAGGACAGUUCACCGACGAUACUUCUAUGGCUCUUUGUCUGGCUAAUUCAUUGAUAGCUCGUCGAGAUUUUGUUCCUUACGAUCAGCUAGUUCGUUACAAAUGGUGGUUCAGAGAUGGUUAUAUGUCCUCUACAGGGCAAUGUUUCGAUAUUGGUUCGGCCACCAAACAGUCCCUGAUUGAAUUUGAAAAUCGCCAAAAAGGAUUUGCUAAGAAACAUCAUAUUCCUCCCGAGCAAAUGGAUUUUCUCUCCGAUUUUGAUCUUCUUGGAGAGUUUAACGUGUACUGCAGUAGAGAAGGUGUAGCCGGUAACGGAGCCCUAAUGCGACUCGCUCCUGUACCGCUGUUCUUCCAGAAACAUCCUCUCAAAGCUGUCGCAUUCUCGGGUUUUAGCGGAGUAAUUAGCCACGGUGAUCGGGUUGCCUUCGAUGCAUGUCGUUACUAUGGUGCUCUAAUUGUCGCGGCUGUCCAUGAUCUGACUAAAAACGAACUGCUCGACAAAAAGUUUUACCUUAAACAUGAGGAUUUAUUCAGUAAUAUACCAGUCCAUCCAGACAUUAUGAAGAUUGCUGAGGGAUCCUAUCAGAAGAAAGGUGGAUAUGAUAAAGGCAUUCGAGGCAAAGGAUACAUCGCCAGUGCUCUGGAAGCCGCUUUAUGGGCAUUUUGGUCCGAAGAUUCAUUCGAAAAAGGGGCUCUUGCUGCUGUGAAUCUCGGUGAUGACACUGACACAACCGCGGCCAUUUAUGGUCAAUUAGCUGGCGCCCACUAUGGUUACAAUAAAUUGCCUAAACAAUGGCUGCAACACUUGUACGCUCAUGAUUUUAUUCAAUAUUUGAGCAAGUGGAUAGGUUACGAAGGACAGAGCUGGAAACCAGAGGGGACAUACAUUUCGGCUAUUCCUCCUUUAGCUUUCCAACCGCAGUCUAAUGCAGCCAGCGGCUCAUCUUGCGAGCAGAGGGAAAAUUGGACUGGACAGCCAACACAUAUGCAGACAUCAAAUUCUCAAUCAAAAACGCUGCAGUUUUCUGAAACGUGCUCUUUAGUCAAUCAGAAACAUAAAUCGAAUCCUAAUGCCGCUGCCCAGAUGUCAUUUUCUAUAGGACCAAAUUCAAAAUUGGAAUCGACUACAGGAUCAGCAUAG